AUGUCAGACAGUCAGAAGAAAAAAGGGGCGAAAGAGGAGGGGUCCAUGCUGCUACGUCUGAUUGCCUCAUCUAUUACCAUCGCCAACAGGAGUGGUAACAUCAUCAGGGAGGUUAUGAGUGGAGGGAAUCUACAGAUUGUGGAUAAGGUUCUUUUUGGCAUCAAUGACCUGCAGACAGAAGCAGACAGGAGAGUCCAGAAAUGUAUACUGGCCUCACUCCAUCACAAGUUCCCUGAUCUAACCGUCAUUGGGGAAGAGGAGGACACGUUCGACAAUUCUGAAUGGAUUGAGGAGGGUGAGGAUGAUGAAGUUUACAAGCAGGAAAAAAAUUUUCCGCCUCAACUUCUGUCAGCUAAUCAAAAUAAUCUAUGCGUAUGGGUAGAUCCAUUAGACGGCACUAAUGAGUACACAAAAGGCCAUCUUGAUCACGUGACAGUUUUGAUUGGCAUUGCAGUUGAUGGCAAAGCAGUAGCAGGAAUCAUUCAUCAGCCAUACUACAAAUGCGAUUGUGGUGCUGGUAAUGUCAAAUUGGGUCGAACAAUAUGGGGCGUAGUUGGCUUAGGAGCGUUCGGUCUGACGAGGCAGUCGCCGCCAACAGACUGCCGACGAAUCGUAACGACUCGCUCGCAUGAAACGCACCUGGUCAGGAUGGCUGUUGACGCCUGUGAGGCCAGUGAAGUCAUCAAAAUCGGAGGGGCUGGCUUCAAGGUAUUAUACUUGAUAGAAGGCAAAGCACACGCGUACAUCUUCGCGAACACGGGCUGCAAGAAAUGGGACACAUGUGCGCCUGAGGCAGUCCUCAGAUCUGUCGGUGGAGUCCUGACGGAUGUCCGCGGGUCUGACAUCGAGUACGGUGCCAACGAGGACCCCCCAAACAACGGCGGCAUCGUAGCCACGGCGUCGAAGGAGACCCACCUUUGGUAUAUAGAACGAAUACCUGAAGCUGUUAAAGUGGGCUUGAAUGUUUAA